UGCAGGGCAUUACUGGGACUUCCAAGGGGUGAUGUCAUUAGAUUGGUACUCCUGGAGAGUCAUUGAGGGGUGCAGGGAUCAGCCCCCCUCUCCAUCAGCCCCGAUCCCCCCACAUUUAAUAAAGUCUAGCAGCAAGGCAUGCUGAGGGCAGCCAUAGUGUGGGGAAUGUUUCCUGUGUGUUACAAUGUAUCAUGUCCCAGACAGGCUGCCUGGUAAGACCCCAGGUGGAGAGGGGCUUUGCUGGCUAGUUUGCAAUGAGAGGUAUCUGCAUGGACUGCUGAAUCAGGAAACCCUGUCCCAGAUUAUAAACUGGGGACAGAAAGGAGUGAGCCAGCAGACCCCACUGCUCCAGUACCUAGUAAAUUAUAUACAAUGUGAAAAUGUCUACAAAAGGACUGGUGAAAGAGGCCACUGGCAAGCAUCAUCUGAUUGGACACUGAGGGAACAUCACUGAGAGCAUUAGAAAGACAAUGGAAGGUUCAAGGCAGUCCCGAGUUUCCCGGCCACAAAAGAUCAGUGAAUCAUCAAAGCUGUACAGAUGGACAGAUCACUCUAAUUUUGUUCUUCAAGGCCUGAAUGAACAGAGGCAAAAAGGUCUAUUCUGUGACAUCAUUCUGGUGGCUGAUGACCAAAAAGUGCCAGCCCACCGAAAUCUUCUGGCCGCCUGUAGUGACUACUUCAACUCCAUGUUCACGAUUGGUAUGCGUGAGGCCCAUCAGAAGGAAGUGGAAUUGGUGGGAGCUUCCUAUAUAGGUCUGAAAGCUGUGAUUGACUUCCUAUACAGCUGUGAUUUGACACUGGACGGAGGGAACAUUGAUUAUGUCUUGGAAACGGCCCAUCUCCUGCAAGUCUGGAAGGUGGUGGACUUCUGCUGUGAAUACUUGGAGAACGAGGUCAGUGAAGACAACUAUCUUUACCUCCAGGAACUGGCUUCCAUCUUUAGUCUAGAGCGCCUUGGCUCAUUUAUCGACUCCUUUGUCCUUCAGAACUACAGUACCCUUUCCUUCACAAAUGACUUUUUGCUAAAUAUCUCUACCCCAAAACUUUGCCAGUACCUAACGAGCAGUCAGGUGCAGCAUGUCAGUGAACAUGACCUCUUGCAGUCUGCUUUGCAGUGGUUGACCCAAAGCUCCGAGAGGGAAAGCCAAGCCUACCAAGUACUCCAGAACAUCCGUUUUCAGCUAAUCCCAAAAAGUGAUCUCCUACAUCGAGUGAAACCGGCAAUAUGCUCGCUCCUCCCAAAAGAGGCAAAUUGCGAGAGGUUAGUGGAGGAAGCUGUCCACUAUCAUAACAAUGUAGCUUUACAACCACUACUUCAGAAUACGCGGAGUACUCUCCGCAAAGGGAUUGAGAGACUUCUGUUUGUUGGUGGAGAGGUGUCUGAGCAUUGCCUCGAGCUGAGUGAUGACGUAUGUAGUAUGGACAUCAAGAAGGAGCAAUGGGUGUCUGAAACACAGCUGCCAGCCAGACGGAGUCAUCACUGUGUUACGGUUCAAGGCAACUUCAUCUUUGUUGCUGGAGGGAGUUUCUCAAGGGACAAUGGUGGAGAUGCUGCCUCCAACCUUCUCUACAGGUAUGAUCCCCGCUGGAGUCAGUGGAUUAAGGUUGCAUCCAUGAACCAACGUAGAGUGGACUUCUAUCUGGGUGCAGUAAGCGACAAACUGCUUGCUGUUGGAGGUAGGAAUGAAAAUGGUGCCCUAUCUUCGGUCGAAUCCUACUGCCCUCAGCAGGAUACCUGGACAUACGUAUCUGAGCUGCCAAGAUUCACUUAUGGCCAUGCUGGAACUGUGCACAAAGAAUAUGUCUACAUAUCUGGGGGACAUGACUACCAGAUCGGGCCUUACAGGAAAAACAUGUUGUGUUACGACCAUCGUGCAGACGCAUGGGAGGAGAGGCGGCCUAUGAUCACGGCUCGAGGUUGGCACAGCAUGUGUACUUUAGAAGACAGUAUUUACUCUAUAGGUGGCAGCGAUGAUAACUUGGAGUCGAUGGAACGGUUUGAUAUACUCAGUGUGGAGAGCUACAGCCCCCAGUGUAAUCAAUGGACUCGAAUAGCCCCCUUGCUGCAGCCAAACAGUGAAUCCGGAGUGGCUGUUAUGGAUGGCAAAAUUUAUAUCCUUGGUGGUUACAGCUGGGAGAACACAGCAUUUUCUAAAGCCGUACAGGUGUAUGACAAGGAUAAAAAGAAAUGGGUGAAAGGGGCCGACUUGCCCAAAGCAAUUGCUGGUGUAUCAGCUUGCAUCUGCAUCCUUAAAACUGGCGAGGCAAGAAACAAAAAAUCAAAGACAAAAAGAUACUCCGACAGAGGCCGGUGAGGCUGCAUUAAAAAGGGGG